GUCAGACAGUUACAUGUGGUCUGUUUUCAUCUUUCGAUAAUUAAUGGAUUUACCUUAAUACCUUGUUUGUGACCUGUUUAAUACAAGAGUUAAUUUAAGAUGUAUCAAAUGAAAAUGUUGUUAGAUUCAAUCUUUCUUCCUUACUUUCGCCACUUUAUUUCAAGAUGAAAUGGAAAGCCCAAGUGGCGGUGAUAAAAGAAAUGUAAGGCAAAAACCAAGACCUUUACUUUUAGAAUACAGCCAUGGGGAAAGUAGCAGUACUGAAGGCUCUUCAGACGGGGAUGUUCCCUUAGAAUGCUAUUGCUUAAAUAGCAAUAUAGCUUCGUUCACGUCUAGCACUCGUGAUAAUACUAAAUUAUCUGAACUAUUGGAAACUGCUGUUUCAAACUUUGAAGUUACCUCCAACGAUAAUAAGAGUAGAUUAAGAAAUUAUUUCUUUUCUCAUCAACUCAAGAUCAUCCCUAAUGCUGGUCAACUUGCGUUUGAUAACAAUCUCGCUAAUAAUGUUGUACCUACAGUUCAACAAUUAGUUAAAAUGUUGAACAAUGGUGCCGACAAUCCGUUCAUAAUCAAAUCCAAAAAGUAUGACGGAAAAAUAGUAGUACCUAAAGGGAAUCUUUUAUUAUAUGCUUGUAGUCGAAUUUAUAACUGCCGCAUUUAUUUGUUUUCAUCAAGAGCAAAGCCAAUAGUUAUCCAUCCACCGUCAAAUAGUCAAUUAGAUAAAACCAAUGUCUCAAAUAUUGCUAUAUUCAAAUAUUGCGAUUCGUUUAUUACGGAAUGGUUUUCGCUGGAGUUGAGAAAAAAGCCUGGUGUCUAUGUUAAAAAGUCGAGUAACAUUGUUAAUACUACUACUACACUCGCGGCAGAAAAAAGACAAGUAAGUGAGAAAAAACCAAGACAAGCUUAUACCAAAAUUGGAAAUGAUCUUGAUGAUGAAAUUUUAUGUCUACUGGAGGAAGAAGUCAAAUUUCAGUAUCGAAAGAAAUGGUCUUCAUACCAAACAAAGCAAAAAAAUAAAUCCAAUAUGAUCCAAAAAAUUUUCUGA